AUGAACUUCAAGCCUUUCAAGCCACCCGGACUGAAGCGGUUGGAUGAGCGAAACUCUUCCAGCACAUCUCAAGGAGCUGGCAAUCAGUUCAAGAGACGAAAGCUGUCUCCGGACGACGAUGAAGAGCCCACCAUUUCUGUGAAAUUCGAACGACCUCCCUUGAAACCUGUCUCGAACUCAUCAAAUGCUACGAAGAUUGCUAAAAGCGAGAGUGAAAGUAGAACGUUCUUCUCUAUCGUGUGGCGAAAGAUUACACCUAAGAAAAACAAGACUUGGGAGGACGAUGGCAUCUUGGUCUACAAGAAUGGAGCGAUUACAGCCUACAAUAGUAAAGGUCACAGACUAGGCGGAUGUGUACGAGAGAAAGAACCUGAACUCGAGGACUUGCUGUCACUAAGUGGAAAAGAUAUACAAAUUGAAGCCAAGGUUAGCUACGAAGACUUUGCUCGCAUUGUUGGUAGAGACAACUCUGCUCCAAAGGAUGAGAACGUGGUAAUACACCAUGGGAAGCCACAGCAAAAUGGCAGCACGCAGAAGUCGUCCAAGGCCCCUAAGAUGAGCUUACAGGACCAAAUGCGUCAGCAGAUCAAAGAAUCGUCUGCUCAGAAGGCGGGUCUAAGCUCCAAGACUGCUCUCUUGCCUUCAGCCAGGAAUGCGGCUUUUCGACAACCUAUGAAGGAUGCCGUAGUAACCCCCCAACAGCCUUCGGAAGUUCCUGUACCCAGACACGAUCCCACCACACCUAAUGCAGUCGUGUUCAAGCGACCACAGACAGCACUUCCAGGAAAGCAGAUCGUUGAUGUUGUCCUUGACCCGUUGCUUACAGCACGACUUAGACAUCACCAGAGAGAAGGUGUCCAAUUCCUCUACGAGUGUGUCAUGGGUUUGCGAGAUUUUGGAGGUCAAGGUUGCAUAUUAGCAGAUGAUAUGGGAUUGGGAAAGACCUUACAGACUAUUGCACUCAUAUGGACCUUAGUCAAACAAAACCCUGUCUACAAGGACGAGCCUCCUGUCAAGAAAGUCCUCAUUGUUUGUCCUGUGACGCUAGUUCAGAACUGGAAGAAAGAGUUCAGGAAAUGGCUCGGCCGUGAUAGACUUGGAGUCAUGUCUUUCGGCGAUGAAGGUAGCCGAUUGAGCAUGUUCGACGGCAGAAACUUCAAGGUCAUGAUAGUGGGCUAUGAGAGAUUACAGAAGAUUGCAGAAGACUUGACAAGAGGUUCUGGCAUCGACCUAGUCAUCUGCGAUGAGGGACAUCGGCUGAAGAGCUUGCAGAACAAAAGUGCCAAAGCUAUUGAGACCCUGAACACAACUAGGCGCGUGAUCUUAUCAGGUACGCCCAUUCAAAACGACCUAGGCGAAUUCUUUGCCAUGGUCAACUUCGUCAACGAUGGCGUCCUUGGAAGCUGGAAAGGUUUCGUGAAAGACUACGAAAAGCCAAUCAUGAAGAGCCGGCAACCCAAGGCCACGGAGGAAGAUAUUGAGAGAGGGCAGGAAGCUAGUGAUGACCUGGCUAAAACUGUCCUGAAGACUGCGAUGUGCCAGGACGCACAAGGCAGCAAACAAGCCGCUUUGCAGAUGAUUACCAUAUUGAAAAAGCUUUGUAACAGCCCAGCCCUGCUAAGACCAAAGAGUGGUGCAGACGAGGACACUACGCCUACCUCUCUCGAAACAUUAGAGCAGAUGAUGCCUAGAGGGACAUCUCGAUUUUAUCACAAUUCCUACGCCUCGAAGAUUCGACUGCUCGAUGAGCUACUUCACCAAAUUCAACAGACAACCAACGACAAAGUUGUUCUUGUGUCCAACUACACAGCAACUCUAGAUAUCAUGCAGAAUUUGCUUACCUCCCUCAACCUAAGCUUCCGUCGUCUCGAUGGCUCUGUUCCAGCUGGGAAACGACAGGCCAUGGUCGAUGAAUUCAAUCGCUCGAGUCCUACAGCAUGUUUUGCAUUCUUACUUAGUGCUAAGGCGGGUGGUGUUGGGAUCAACUUGGUCGGAGGAAGCAGGCUUGUUCUAUUCGAUGUGGACUGGAACCCUGCUACCGAUGACCAAGCAAUGGCACGUAUUCAUCGAGAAGGUCAAAAGAAAGCGUGCUACAUAUACCGCUUCGUAAUCAAGGGCGGCCUCGAGGAGAGAAUCUGGCAGAGACAAGUCGUGAAGAGAGGUCUUGCUGAUAGCAUUAUGGACAAUGGAGCAAAUUCAGGUGGGAAGCAAGGUAGCGACACCGCUGCUUUCAGCAUGGACGAGCUGAAAGACUUGUUCCGAUUGGACGAAAGAGAUGGCUUACGAACUCAUGACUUAAUCAGUUGUGAUUGUGGAGGCAAAGGUUAUAUCUCGGCCAACAACGGUUCCGUUUCAAGCGAGAAAGACAGUAUGGAAGCGUACGAUAUCGACCACCUAGAAUCUGACGGGGACGAAGAGCAACCACUAUCUACAUUCUCAUUCGUAAAGGCUUCAGAAAUCAGUGAGCAAGUUAUCGAGGAUCAAGAGGAGAGCAUACGGGCUGGCUCGAGCCCGCGGAAACCAUCGAAGAAAAAGCAGCGCAAACAGCAAAACGCGAAGCUAGAGCAGGAACUCAUGACAUAUACCCAUAUCGAUACCUCGAUCGCAUCUUCGCUCGAUGAGACCGAGCUUCAAGCCUUGGGAGAUGUUGUGGACGACCCUUGUCUGAUGCAUGUUCUGAAGCAAGGUAGAAACUUGACGUCAGGAGACAUUGCGUAUAUCUUCAUGAAGCAGUCCAAGGUUACUGUCCUUGGAGACGAUCCUGUUGACGAAGCUGGUUAG